GAUUUGAAGACAGCCUAAUGAAUCGGAAGUUUUUCGAAAAUUUGGGAAGGAAAGCUUCUGUUUUGAGUUUUUUUGACAGAUGGCUAGAUUCCUUCUUCUGUGUUGCCUCUUCGCGGCGGCGCUGACGUCAUCAUUGACGGUGGCCAGAGACGAUAACGGAGUCUACUCGCCUUGUUCGGAUUCUACAGUCGGGAUCGGAGAUGGAUUCACUUUCGGCAUUGCCUUCGCGUCUAAAGAUUCAUUCUUCGGUGGUAGUACAAAUCAUACCGUUCAGUACUCUCCUUGCGAUCGCCGUCGUCUCUCUCUCAACGGAAACUCUGAGGUCGCCGUGUUUAGACCUAAAGUCGAUGAGAUCACUCUUCUUACCAUCAACACCUCUAGCUCCAACAAUUUCCGCCCGGAUGCGUCAAAGGGAUAUAUGGUAGCAUUCGCUGGUUCAAAAUACGCUGCAAGAUCAGUCCCAAUUAUGGUUGCUGACAGCAAUCACAUCGUCACAAGCUUCACCCUUGUUCUUGAGUUCCAGAAAGGGAGGCUUGAGAACAUGUUCUGGAAGAAAGACGGAUGCUCGAAAUGUUCUGGAGAUGCGAAAUUCGUGUGCCUCAACACAGACCAAUGUGCAAUCAAGUCGCAAAACUGCAAGAACCAAGGAGGACAAGCAGAUUGUAGCUUGGGGAUCCAGCUGGCGUUUUCAGGCACCGAUAAGCACUACACUGCUUUGAAUUCGUGGUAUGAGGUUGCCAAUCUGAAGCAGUACUCUCUCUAUGGCCUCUACUCCAAUGUUAAGGACUCUCUUACCAACCCAUUCAAAAACAUCUUCUGAUCACUUCCCUUCUCCUUUGUGUGUUUCUUACUUACUUUUGUAUUCUUCCUCGCCUACCUUUUUUUUUUUGGUUUCAUCCGUAUGAUUUAUGCUAUAUAUACACUGUAUUUUAUUUACUUAGUGUGUAACGUUUCGUAGAUAUGUUUUCUUAUGAGUGUUUCUAAAUCAAAAUUUAUUAUAUUGUAA